AUGUUGGGUGGAGGUUUGUUUUCCAAUAAACCAGUGGCUGCGCCCACAAACCCUAAUAAAGAUUUCGAAGUCACACAGCCUCCUGAUGAUACCGUUUCGGCAAUGGCGUUCAGUCCGGCCACGAUGCAGCAAAACUUCCUCAUUGCUGGUAGUUGGGAUAACAGUGUGCGUUGUUGGGAAGUUGAACAGAGCGGCAAGACUGUGCCAAAAUCCAUGCAGUCAAUGACAAUGCCAAUUUUAGACGUAUGUUGGAGUGAUGACGGCACAAAAGUUUUCAUGGCAUCUUGUGACAAACAAGUAAAAUGCUGGGAUUUAGGAAGUAAUCAAACAGUGCAAGUAGCAGCUCACGAUGCACCCAUAAAGACUUGUCAUUGGGUCAAAGCGCCAUCUUAUACUUGUAUUAUGACAGGUUCAUGGGAUAAAACAUUAAAGUUUUGGGAUGUUAGAAGUCCAGUUCCCAUGAUGACCAUUAAUCUACCUGAGAGAGCUUAUUGUGCUGAUGUGGAUUAUCCUAUGGCAGUUGUUGGUACAGCAUCAAGAGGCAUAGUUGUUUAUAAACUAGAAGGAAAACCUGAAAUGGUAAAAUCUGUAGACUCUCCUCUUAAAUAUCAACAUCGUUGUGUUGCAAUUUUCAGAGAUAAGAAAAAACAAUCCCCUACUGGAUUUGGUUUGGGAAGUGUUGAAGGACGUGUUGCUAUUCACUACAUACAACCACAGAGUUCAAAAGACAACUUUACAUUCAAAUGUCAUCGUCAAAAUAACUCAGGAACUAUGAAUGUCCAAGACAUUUAUGCUGUGAAUGAUAUCAAGUUCCAUCCAGUCCAUGGUACAUUAGCAACUGUGGGUUCAGAUGCAACAUUCGCAUAUUGGGAUAAAGAUGCGCGCACAAAGUUGAAGUCAUCUGAGACGCUUGACCAACCAAUAACAAAAUGCUGUUUUAAUAGCAACGGUCAAAUAUUUGCUUACAGUACUGGAUAUGACUGGUCAAAAGGUCACGAGUAUAAUAAUCCAGCUAAAAAACCACAGAUUUUCUUAAAACCAUGCUUCGAGGAUUUAAAACCAAAAAGUAGUAAUUAG